AUAUAAAAGUCGUCUGAGGAGAGGAUUUGUUGUUGUGCUCUUGAUACGAUCGGAGUUGCAAUAAAGACAGCUUUCAAACGGGGAAAAUGCUCACGAUUUGGAAGAUCGUUGUUCCUUUACUCGCGAUGGCAUUCACGGUGGCGAGCGUCAGUGGGAUGCCGGGGGGCGUUAUGGACGCAAAUAUGAAUGACCAAGCUACCAGAGACGCACUGCAGUUCGCCGUGGUCGAAUACAACAAGGGAACAAACGACCUGUAUGUUAGGCAGGUUGCGAAGGUUAUCAAGGCUCAGCAACAGGUGGUAGCCGGGAUGAAGUACAUCUUCACAGUGCAGAUGGCCAGGACCCCGUGCAGGAAGGGAGGCGUGGUGAAGGACUGUGCGGUGCAUAAGGACCCGACUGCGGCCUACCAGUGCACCUUUGAGGUGUGGAGCCGCCCCUGGCUGAACGCUAUCCAGUUGACCAAGAAUGAGUGCAAGCCGUGAAGACCCAAUGGAGAGAAGACUUCAAUUACAUUUUAGUCAUUUAGCAGACGCUCUUAUCAAUGUCUAGUCUUCCCAAUAACUAGUAUGUAUUACUAGUAGUGUUAGUCUUACCAAUGCAGUUCAACCUCCUCUGACUACAUCAUAGACAAGAAUCCAAUGAAUAAUUUUAGAACUUACUGCAUUCCCACACUAAUAUAGCACUUAAUAAGAACUGCUGUCUUAAAUUGAGUAUUUAACUGACGGUUUGUAAACGCUAUGCAACAGUUUAACUAAAUAAAGACAUGGUUUGCAACA